UCCCACAUUCCUUUGCAGGGCUUCUACAUUCCCUCCCCAAUAUUAUGCAGCUUUGGUUGCAAACACAUUGUUCAAGAAGCAGAACUGCCUCAGCAGGCUUGUGAUAUCCCUGCAGGUUCCGUCAAGGCUUGAAAAAUAAGGAAAUAAUGCCCAAGAAAGUAGCCAUUGUUGGAGCCGGAGUGAGUGGACUGGCCUCCAUCAAGUGCUGCCUGGAUGAGGGGCUGGAGCCCACCUGCUUUGAGAGGAGCGAUGACAUUGGGGGACUGUGGCGGUUCACGGACUAUCUCGAAGAAGGAAAACCCAGUCUCUACAAAUCCUUGAUUAGUAAUACCUGUAAGGAGAUGUCAACUUUUUCAGAUUUUCCAUACCCAGAAGAUUUUCCUGUCUUCUUGCCCCAUGCCAGGCUCCUGGAAUAUCUGAGGAUGUACACAGACCAUUUUGAUCUUCGAAGACACAUUCAGUUCAAGACUACUGUGAUCACUAUAAGGAAACGCCCCGACUUCUCUGCCACCGGUCAGUGGGAUGUUGUCACAGAGACCAAUGGGAAGCAGACAUCAGAGAUCUUUGAUGCUGUGAUGGUUUGCAUCGGCUACCUUGCUGACCCUUCAUUGCAACUCAGCUCUUUCCCUGGUAUAGACAAGUUUAAGGGCCAGUACUUUCACAGCCGGGAGUACAAAACCCCAGAGGUUUUCAAGGACAAAAGAGUGCUUGUGGUUGGCAUGGGGAAUUCUGGAGUUGAUAUUGCAGUGGCAGCCACUCAUACAGCAAAGAAGGUGAUGAUCAGCACAAGCAGAGGCGCUUGGGUUAUAAGUCGUGUUUUCGACAAUGGCUACCCAUGGGACAUGGUAUUCCUCACUCGUUUCCUGAACAUGAUCCGAAAUAGCCUUCCUGGACGUGUCACCACAUGGCUGCUUGCAAACCGAGCGAACCAGUGGUUUAACCAUGCAUAUUAUGGAAUAAUUCCAGAAAACAGAUCUGUGAUAAGAGAACCAAUAAUAAAUGAUGAACUGCCUUCAUGCAUCAUCAGUGGGAAGAUCACUAUUAGGCCCAAAGUGAAGGAGUUCAAAGAAAACGCUGUUGUCUUUGCAAAUACUCCGGUUGCAGAGGAAGUGGACCUCAUUGUCUUUGCCACGGGAUACAAGGCUUCUUUUCCUUUCAUUGAUGAAUCGAUCCUCAAGGUUGAAAAUAAGCAUGCUUCAUUGUACAAAUAUAUCUUUCCCCCUCAGCUGGAAAAACCCACACUUGCCAUUAUAGGCUUUCUCAGGCCCCUUGGGGCAGUCAUGCCAGUUGUGGAAAUCCAAGCACGUUGGGCCACCCGUGUCUUUAAAGGCCUCUGCAAAUUGCCUCCAGUGAGCACAAUGAUGGAAGAGGUCAACAAACAGAAGCAAAAUAAGGUCAACUGGUUUGGCUUCUCCUUUGAUGAGGUCCUGAAAACAGAUUGCCUUGUGUACAUGGAUCAACUUGCCUCUUGUAUUGGGAUAAAGCCAAAUGUGCCAAUGUUGCUUUGCAAGGAUCCAGCAUUAGCCACAAAGAUCUUCUUUGGGCCCUGCUCCUCCUACCAGUACCGGCUGAGUGGGCCAGGGAAGUGGGAGGGAGCCAGGAGUGCCAUCAUGGGCCAGUGGGAACGAACCUUGAAGCCAUUAAGAACCAGGGUUGUUCCAGACUCACAGCGUUUCCUUGCAUAUGUGCUAAAAGUGCUUGCCCUCUUUGCCGUCUUUAUUGGAAUCUUCUUCAGUUUCAAUUAGUUCUGGCAGAGCUAUGGUACAAUUACCUGUGUAUUUCUGAAUACAUAUAUCAGCAGUAAUGGUGGUGAAGAAUGAUCUAGUACAGUAGUUCUUCACCUUGGGUUACUCAGGUGUUUUUGGACUGCAACUCCCAGAAGCCUUCACCACCAGCUGUGCUGGCUGGGGUUUCUGGGAGUUGCAGUUCAAAAACACCUGAGUAACCCAAGUUUAAGAACCACUGGUCUAGUAGGUGGUAGCUCAUCUUACAAAGGAGCAAAGGGUGGGAACUUUUUGGUAACAACAGUGUAUAGAAUUACAAUCAAAGCCAGCACAUUAAACAAAAUUGAAGUAUUUUUGAUGCAAUAUAUUUCUCAUUUAUCUGUUUACGUAUUAAAUGCAUACUUCCCUGUACUUCAUAACAAAUUUUGAUUUAUACGUUUAAUCAUAUAAAUACUGUAUACAGGACACUAUUUUUAUUCUUGCUGUAUUUGUUAAUAAUAUCUAGGACCAUAGUCAGCUCUGCAAGAUACAGCGUUCUCUUUCAAAGUUGUGGAAUCACAUAAUAAACAUAUGAGCCUCACUCAGGUAGAUCAAA